UGUCACACAAAAACAUGUAUAUAUGAACAUGUCAAGGUUAUGAACUCAGAAAAAGUGAUAUCGGUUGGAUACAUCCAAAGAGAGCUUUAGUUUUCACCACGACUGCAAGUUAUUUUAUUAUCUGCAUGAGUUGAUUUCACGGAUAAGUGGCAUUUUAAGUCGUAAGCAUCAUGGGAAAUAUUAGUGAUCUGAGAAAGAGAGGUUGUUUCGUAACUAACCUUACAGGAUUUUUGUUGGUGAUACUGGUAAUCUGUCUGCUAGCGGUAGUGGCCGUCAUUGUUUAUUUUACAACGUUGGAUAUUAAAUGUUCUUCGUCGAAUGAAUCAAAUGGGAAAGUGGCAAAUAAGACACUACAUAAAGCGCCGUCUGUUGACAGGAAUUUUCGACUACCACUCAACUUGUACCCGACUGUUUAUGAAGUUGAGAUUCAGCCAUAUAUCUAUGGAGACAACUCAGAAGACUUUUUCUUCUCUGGUCACGUGGGAAUAGAAGUAGAAUGCAGGUCUUCAACAAAUGAAAUUAUUCUACACAGUAAGAUGUUACAUAUCACAGAAAAUACUAUCGAAAUUCGGCUGAGCGGACGACAUAACGACACAAUAAAUUCUACUUUAGAAUAUGAUACAGACAAUGGGUUCAUAAUACUGAAAUUGAGUAGAUUGAUGGUUGCAGGAAACAGAUACAUUGUAGAAAUGGGAUUUGAUGGACAUUUCUCUGAAGAUUUAGAUGGAUUGUAUCUUAGUUCGUAUGUUCGUGACAACUCUACGGUAUAUCUUGCUACUACGCAGUUUGAAGCCAUUCAUGCCAGGAAAGCAUUUCCAUGUUUUGACGAGCCUGCAAUUAAGGCAAAGUUUAUAAUAACACUCGUCAGGAAAAACCAUAUGAUUUCCUUGUCAAAUACCCGUAUUGUGUAUCGAGAAAAUAGAACGGAUAAUUGGGUUGCUGACCAUUAUGAAGAAACCCCUUUGAUGUCUACUUAUAUCUUAGCUUUUAUUGUUUGUGACUUUCAAUACACCAGCGACGUCACCAAGAACAAUGUAUUAUUUAGGUCAUGGGCAAGGAACGAAGUAGUGGAUCAAACGCCUUAUUCUUUGAAAGUUGGAAUCAAGAUCUUAGCAUAUUUUGAGGACUAUUUAAAUAUCAGCUUUCCUCUGGCCAAGUCAGAUAUGAUAGCUGUUCCAGAUUUUCAAGCAGGUGCAAUGGAAAAUUGGGGUCUCAUCACAUAUCGGGAAACUAAUAUGCUUUUCCAUCCUCUUGAAUCAUCUGAAUUCAGAAAAGAAGUGGUUGCAAAUAUAGUCUCUCAUGAACUGGCACAUAUGUGGUUUGGUAAUUUAGUAACCCCAGAAUGGUGGGGAGACAUCUGGUUGAAUGAAGGAUUUGCUAGUUAUUUUGAGCACCUCGGUGUAGAUCAUGUCCACCCCGACUGGAACAUGCUCGAGGAAUUCACUUCUCCUGAAAUGCAUCGAGCUAUGACCAUGGAUAGUCUGGUAUCCAAACAUCCUGUCUAUGCACAUGUAUCGGAAAAUAGACAAAUCCAGUCUAUGUUUGAUGAUAUUUCCUACAUCAAGGGUGCAUCUAUAAUUCGUAUGAUGAGGUUCUUUCUAGGAGAACAUACAUUUAAAAGAGGACUACAGCGUUACCUGAAGAACCAUCUAUAUGAUGUGGCCACACACGAUGAUCUGUGGUAUUCAUUGGGCAAUCAAAGUAAAAUUGACAGAAAUCCAAAAUUCAUUCAGAACAUAAAACAUAUAAUGGAUACAUGGGUGAUGCAGAUGAACUAUCCAACUGUGUUCAUAAAACGGGAUAGAGAUAAACUUAUACUAACGCAAUCACGAUACCUUUUGGAUACAGAAGCCGUUGAUCCUGGCAAAUAUGAAUCCCCCUUUGGAUAUAAGUGGGUAAUACCUGCGACAUUUACUACUAGUCUUAAUCUACGUUUUAAUCAAACAGCCAAGGACAUAAUUUGGAUUGAUAUAUAUACCUCAGAUGUUACCAUCUCUAGUGCAAUGAGUGGGUCAUCAGCCAAUGAUUGGUACAUAGGAAAUGUAAUGCAGUACGGCUACUUCAGGGUAAAUUAUCCGGAGGAGAAUUGGAUAAGACUUAUUCAACAACUCAAAACAGACCAUACGCUUAUACCUCCAAUAAAUAGGGCACAGAUAAUAAACGAUGUAUGGAAUCUGGCUAAGUCAGGAGAUGUCAAUACUUAUAUUGCAUUGCAAACAUUAGACUAUCUGCCAAAGGAGGAUAACGUUAUACCAUUAAGAGCUGCUUGGACGGAAAUAAAUUACCUACGGGAAGCUGUGAUUGAAACAGACCUUAACAGUACCUUUUCUAAAGUUAUGAGGAAAAUGUUAUCGAAGCAAUUCAAUAAAUAUGGAAUUGAUAAUACCGGUGCUGGCCAUACAGAAACAAUGACCCGACGUGGGAUUGUACGUAUGGCAUGUGACUAUGAGAGUGAGGAAUGCAUUCAAAACUGUACAGAUAUCUUUAAAAAGUAUAUGGAAAAUCCAAACGAAAAUCCAAUCGACGUCAAUCUACGUGGAACUGUUCUUUGUACAGCUGUUCGAAAUGGUGGUUUUAAAGAAUAUGAAUUUCUAAAAAGAAAGUAUAAAGCAUCGGAUAUCCCUUCAGAAAAGUAUACACUUCGUUACGCUUUGUUGUGCAGUAAAGAUAUAAAGAUUCUACGAUGGUAUUUGAAAAACAUUUUGCAUACUGAGGACAUAACAAAGGAAGACGCCGUCGAAGCUGUUCUACAUAUUUCUAUAACUGAAAUCGGUCGUCUACAAGCGUUAGAAUUUAUCAAGGGAAAUUGGGAUAUUAUUUUUAGUAGAUUAGUUAAAAGCGCACAUGAGCAAAAUAAAUUGUUGUCUGGUAUUUACAAAAUCUUAAGGACAGCCAAGGAAAUAGAAAAGUUUGCGUACUUAAUUAAAGAUUCACCAAAGAUGAUGAAAUUGAAUCAUAAGCCAGGGUUAGAACUAUCGAACAUCAGAAACAAAUGGAGCAAAAGGAAUUAUCAUAAUAUAAAAAAGUGGUUGCUAGAGAAAAACCUUUGAGAGUGCAUACAUUUAUCGUGUAUAAUCAACAAUUGAACGUACCUGUUUCAAUAGUCUAGCUAUUAAUUUACAAUUUGCGGAUUGAGUUGUUGUGCUUAUUUAAGAGAUAAUUGAUAAUUGUUAAUAUGAUAAUAUUAUUUAUAUUUUGAUUGUAUAAUUUAUCAAAUAAUGCAUAUAUUAGC